AUGGGAACGAAGUUGUUAGCUCUGAGUUUGUCUCUGUCUCUGUGUCUUGUUCUCUCCAGCUUCUAUGAAGUUUCUUGCCAGGAUGAAGGAAGUAGAGGUUUGACUUUAGAUCUGAUCGAGCAAGAAUAUCAAGCUAAUGUCAAUUCUCUCCAAGUCAACGAAGAAGCAGACCAGUCUGCAAAGAAACAGAGUGAAAAUCAGACCAGUAGUCAGAAAAACAGUACAGUAACUGAUAACAACACUAUCUCUCUGUCUCUAUCGGAAGAACCCGUGGAGACCCUUAAAGAUUCUGUUGAUACACCAGCUCAGUUAGGAGCUGUUACUGAUGAAGUCACUCGUUCUAGUAUGUUGGACCGUAUCGAAAAAGAGUUCGAAGCACAUAUCAAUGAACUUAACCAAGCUGGAUCUGAUGGUAUCAACAACAAAGUUGAUGAAUCUAAGGAUGAUGAAGCUGCUAAGAGACGCAAGAUUUUGGAAGCUAUUGAACGCGAGUUUGAAGCUGCUACAGCUGGAUUUGAACAACUAAAGAUUGGUGAUUCCACCCAAGGAAAAGAUGAUGAAGCAUCUGCAAAGAGACAAAGCAUGUUGGAGGAGAUUGAACGCGAGUUUGAAGAAGCUACAAAAGAUCUUGAACAAUUAAAGGCUGAUGAUUUAACCGGUAUCAACGAUGAGGAACACGCUGCAAGGAGACAAAAGAUGCUGGAAGAGAUCGAAAGAGAGUUUGAAGCCGCUACCAAAGGUCUUGAAGAACUAAGGGAUUCUACCUCAAGCACAGAUGAUGAAUCAUACUCUGCAAAGAGAGUGAAUAUGCUAGAUGAGAUCGAACGUGAGUUUGAAGCUGCUACAAGUGGACUUAAACAGCUAAAGAUUAAUGCUCACACACCUGUCGAAGAUGAUAACAAAGAACAAGCUGCUAAGAGACAAAAAAUGCUAGAAGCAAUAGAACGCGAGUUUGAAGCCGUUACAGAGAGCUUUACACAGCUUGAGGAUCUCGCCGAGAACAAAGAUGACGAAGGACAAUCUGCAAAGAGGCAAAGUAUGUUGGAUGAGAUUGAGCGUGAAUUUGAAGCUGCUACAAGUGAGCUUAAGCAACUGAAGCUUGAAGAUUCCAGUGAACAAUCUGCAAAGAGAAACCGCAUGCUUGAAGCUAUCGAACGCGAGUUUGAAGCUGCUACAAAAGGUCUUCAAGAGCCACAGUCUAAUGAAUCAACCGAAGGCAAGGAUGAUGAUGAACAAUCUGCAAAGAGAAAAAGUAUGCUUGAUGCUAUUGAACGUGAGUUUGAAGCCGCGACAAGAGGCCUUACAGAGAUAAAGAAUUAUGAAGAGAAAGCUGAAAAUAAGAGAAACAGUAUGUUGGAAGCAAUCGAACGCGAAUUUGAAGAAGCUACAAGUGCAAAGACUGAUGAAAAAGACUCAGCUGCAAAGAUUCCACCAACAAUAGUACAAAAAUCUUAUAGUGGUGGAUACAAUGCUGGUGUAGAAAGUCUUCUAAAGCCUGCAGAUGGUGUCUGUGGCUGUUUUAACCAAGACAAAGAUGGUCUUAAGGCAGACACAGAUUCAUCUAUUAACCUAGCAGAGAUACUCGCUGAAGAAUCCAAUUCCAAGGGGUCAGAGAGCUGUAGCCUCACAACAUCACUGAAAAAUCUUUUUCAUACUCAUAGAAAAGAAACACCCUCAAAGGUAGGCAAAGUCCUUGGCUCAUCAGUUACUUCCACCGCAAGCGAAUCAUCCGCUACAUCAGAGAGCAUAGAGAGUCUGAAGCAAACCCUAAAGAAGCUGCGUGGUCUAACCGCACGUGACCUCGUAAACCAUCCGAACUUCGACGAGAUCAUAGCAACCGGUACACGUUACGAGGUACUCAGCUCAGCUUCUAUUGGUUACAUCUCUUUGCUAGCCAAAUACAAAACCGUCAUUAAAGAAGGACUAGAGGCUUCUCAGAGAGUCCAGAUUGCUCAGACACGAGCCAAACUGCUCAAAGAAACCGCGUUGGAGAAGCAGAGAUCCGUUGACUCGGUUUUCUCAUCAGCAAAGUCACUGGCUCAACGAGGAGACGCCCUGUACGUCAGAAUCUUGGCGAUCAAGAAACUGUUGGUGAAGCUUGAAGCAGAGAAACUGAAUGUUGACUCACAGUUUAAGUCUCUGGAGACGGAUCUGUCGCAGCUUCUCAAGGAGGCUUCUCAGGCUUACGAGGAGUAUCACGAGGCUGUGCGUAAGGCCAAAGACGAACAAGCCGCUGAGGAGUUCGCUCUUGAGACGACCAAGAGAGCAGAACAUAUUUGGGUUGAGUUUCUUAGUUCACUUAAUUGA